CGGGCCGCCUCCGCCAGCCAGCAUGGCGAGCAGCUAGUGCACACCAUGUCUGAGACGCCGGCCACAUCCCAUCUCGGCGCCCUCUUCUGCUGCGUCCUCCUCUGUCUUCCAAAAGGUACGGUCCAGGGGCCGCAUGAGAAGCGCAUCCUCAACGACCUGCUCAAAAACUACAAUGUGCUGGAGCGGCCGGUGGCCAACGAGUCUGAACCGCUGGUGGUCAGCUUCGGGCUCACACUACAGCAGAUCAUUGACGUGGAUGAGAAGAAUCAGCUGCUAAUUACGAAUGUGUGGUUAAAUUUGGAAUGGAAUGAUGUGAAUCUGAGGUGGAACGCCUCGGAGUACGGGGGCGUCCAGGACCUCCGGAUACCACCGAAAAACAUCUGGAAACCAGAUGUUCUAAUGUACAACAGUGCGGACGAGAAGUUCGACAGUACGUAUCCCACCAAUGUGGUAUUAAAAAACAACGGGAGCUGUCUAUAUGUACCUCCUGGUAUUUUCAAGUCGACAUGCAAAAUCGACAUCACCUGGUUUCCGUUCGAUGACCAGGAGUGUAAAAUGAAAUUCGGUUCAUGGACGUACGAUGGUUGGCAGCUGGACCUGAUCCUGCCGUCGGACGAGGGGGAUGCCAGCAACUUCAUCCCCAAUGGGGAGUGGACCCUGCUCGGUGUACCUGGAAAGCGUAACGAAAUCUCGUACGCCUGUUGUCCACAACCAUAUAUUGAUAUAACGUACACAAUACUGAUCCGAAGACGGACGUUGUACUAUUUCUCCAACCUAAUAGUACCGUGUGUGCUGAUCGCCUCCAUGGCCGUGCUGGGCUUCACUCUGCCGCCCGACAGCGGAGAAAAACUCAGCCUAGGUAUUCCGGGGAAGCGCAAUGAGCUAUCGUACGCCUGUUGCCCUCAACCCUACAUCGACAUCACGUACUCAGUCAGAAUCCGUCGGCGAACGCUCUACUACCUUCACAACCUGGUCCUCCCCGGUAUCCUGAUAUCCACCAUGGUUCUACUGGCCUUCACUCUGCCGCCUGACUCGGGCGAGAAGCUGACUCUAGGCGUCACAGUGCUCCUCUCUCUGACAGUGUUUCUGAACCAAGUCGCUGCAAAUAUGCCAGAGACCUCAGAGGCUGUGCCCCUACUAGGUGUUACCAUUUUGCUAUCGCUCACUGUCUUUCUAAAUAUGGUGGCAGAGAGUAUGCCCACUACAUCCGACGCAGUCCCACUGAUAGGGACCUACUUUAACUGUAUCAUGUUCAUGGUGGCGUCAUCGGUGGUGAGCACGGUGCUCAUCCUCAACUAUCACCACCGCUCCGGCGAGACGCACGAGAUGGCGCCCUGGGUUCGGAGCGUCUUUCUGCAAUGGAUGCCGUGGCUGUUACGCAUGUCACGGCCCGGCGAGAAAAUCACACGCAAAAACAUCAUCAUGAACAACAAGAUGAAGGAGCUGGAGCUGAAGGAGCGCUCGUCCAAGUCACUGCUGGCCAACGUGCUGGACAUGGACGACGACUACCGGGGCGGCCUGGCGCCGGGGCCGCUGACGCUGGCCGCCAACAGCGCCAACUACACGCGCCUACCGCCGGGCCAGUCGGUGGACGACCUGGCGGCGCCCGGCUGCCUGGCCGGCUGCGCGCGCGAGCUGCAGCUGAUCCUGCGCGAGCUGCGCACCGUCACCGACCGGCUGCGCCAGGACGACGAGGAGGCGGUGGUGACCAGCGACUGGAAGUUCGCCGCCAUGGUGGUCGACCGCCUGUGUCUCAUAGUGUUCACGCUGUUCACGGUGGUGGCCACGGUGGCCGUGCUGCUCUCGGCGCCGCACAUCAUCGUGCCGUGACGCGCCGCGCUCAGACUGGGGCCGCCGGCGCGAGCCGGGACGUGCCAGCCGGCGGCCCGGCGCGCCGUCUGCUCACCGGCCGCCGCGUCGGACUUCGACACGGCGGCGCUCGCACCGUCUCGUUACCCUGUAGCUCCAGAGGCCCGUUCUCAUCCCACUUUCCACCCUACCCGCUCACGUUGGCCAACUCAGUAUUUUUUAGCAUUACGGGUAGUCUGUGCGAGUGACACUCUUCCUUCAUACCUGAGCCGGCGAAGGCCAGGUGCCAAAUACCGACGUAGGUCAGCCCGGCCCCUACUGGAGCGCCGGCCAGAGUAUGCAAUCGUUAUCCUUCGUCCUGACGAGAGUGCUCUGUGAUUCGCGAUAGUAUUAAAGGCUGAGUCCGUAUUCCCCUCAGAGGCGUGCUCUGCCUCGCUGGAAUCCUUGCCUUCUGUGAUGUUUUAUUUCCAGUCAUAUCGAUUCAGACAAUGGCGCAGAGUGGUUCACGUUUUAGGUGUGUGACCGAGGCGCGCAUGUGCGAAAGAGAGAGUGAGAGAGAUGCCUGACAGAGCCCAGUUUUGAUAUUGGUCGUGGUUGAUCAUGAUUCUCGUCAGUGACAUACUUGUCAAGGGAUUUAUACAGAGCCGUGUCGCUUUCAUGCUAAGAGUAGAGUUGGGCUCAUUUCAGCGAAAGUUCUUCCGAGUAUAUCAGCAUUGUUCUUAGACUUUGAAUGUCCAUGGUUUUAUGAAUAACGAGGGUUUCUCUUAAUGUUGCGCAAGAAAAGAUGCCGAAAUUG